AGCGGGCGGCUGCCGGUGAGCGGAGGAGGGGAGGAGGGAAGGAGCCCGGCGUGGCCAGCGCAGCCCGGCUCCCGGCUGGGCUCUGCCCUCGGGGAGCCCGGCCCCGCGCUCCCGUCCUGGCCGGGACCCGCGGCGGGCCUGGAUCCCUCACCGGACGUUGCGAUGUAUCCCAGGAUUAAAAACCUGGCGCUUUAUGCCUUGUCGGUCACGCUGCUGGCGUGUCUUAUUUAUCUAAAGAGAGAGGCAAAGUUGGCAACGUCGUCAGCAGAGCAGAAAGUGGAUGUAGCAAGUCGCAAACCCAAGCCUUUGGCUCUGGGCAACGCCGAACCCAGCAAGUGUUUGCCAGACUUGACCCUCGCCAACUCUUCCCUCGCCCUCCCGGAGCUUCACCGCGUCUUCCUAACGUACAAGCACUGCCGGAACUUCUCAUCGCUGCUGAAGCCUUCCAGGUGCAGUAAGGACACGUUCCUCUUGCUGGCGAUCAAGUCUCCCCCGAUCAAUAUAGAGCGGCGGGUGGCAAUCAGGAACACAUGGGGGAAGGAGGUCUCCAUUGGUGGCAGGCACAUCAGGCUGGUAUUCCUUCUAGGGCGCUCGGAGGCCAAAAUCCAAGCGCAGCCCCUGCACCAGCUGCUGGCUUUCGAAAGCCAGGAGUUUGAUGACAUCGUGCAGUGGGAUUUUGUUGACAAUUUCUUCAACUUGACCCUCAAGGAGCUGCAUUUCCUCCGCUGGUUCAUGGAGGACUGUCUGCAUGCCAGGUUUGUGCUGAAGGGCGAUGACGAUGUCUUUGUCAACACUUACAAUAUCGUUGAGUUCCUUCAGGAGCUGGACCCUGAGCAGGAUCUCUUUGUUGGGGACGUGAUUGCCAACGCCCGGCCCAUCAGGAACACCAAGGUCAAGUACUUCAUUCCAGAGUCCAUGUACAGAGCCUCCUUCUAUCCUCUCUAUGCGGGUGGAGGGGGCUAUGUGAUGUCUAGGGUGACAGUGCGCCGACUCCAGAGCACCGCAGAGGACACGGAGCUCUUCCCAAUAGAUGAUGUCUUUGUGGGAAUGUGUCUGGCAAAGAUGGCAGUGACCCCAAAGAACCAUGCUGGCUUUAAGACUUUUGGGAUCCAGAGACCUUUCAAUCCUUUUGAUCCGUGCUUGUACAAGGAGCUGAUGGUUGUGCACAAGCUAAACCCAACUGAGAUGUGGAUCAUGUGGACGCUGGUGAAGGACGAGAGCAUUAGGUGUGCAGUGUCAGUAACACACGCCUACAGAAGUGGUCGGAAAUGAAGCUCCUGAUGAGCACAGUAGGAUUUUGGCUGGUGAUGGAUACAGGGUGCUUAAACUAAAAAUCAGGUUGUGGUAGAAAAGUGUCCUCUACUAACAGGCUGUACGUGAGCCAUAGGGUUUUGUUUUGCAGUCAGUCUUUGUCGGUGGGUUACUGAAUUGUCAGGGGAAGGGGACGGGGCUGGUAGCUUGGAGACACGGUGAGAUGCAGCACAGGGGACUCGGCUCGGUUCCUCCUGGCCACGCUGGGGCCCAGGAAAUUCACAGCUGCUGCAGGUGACAUGAAUGAGGUGCCACCUCCUGUGGAGGUUCUGCAACACUGAGGCUGGUGCCUGACUGCCAGCCUAAUUCAGUCUCUCCUGGGAAAGGUAAUGAUGACUAACGAGUGAUGGAGCACUUGAAAUUACUUCUAACCUUUUUAGUCAAGGCAAGGGCAGAAGAAAGGGCAGUGUAUGCUGCUGCAUCUACUGCAGUGCGGCUCUGUUGUCCCAGGCCAGCAAUUCCACAGGUCCUGUGGGGCAGCAGGAGAAAAGGAAUGGAGGUGGGGGAUAAAAAAAGCUUAAAAAUGUAUUGCCUUAACAGCACAGUGAUCCGAGGGAUUGGGCUCCAACUUAAGCCCUUUGGAUUUUACAGAAGGUUAUUACAAGUUUACUUGCACUAGAAGCUUUUGCACAAACACUUUCUGGUCUGGUUUGAGAGGAGAAAUAUGUCCUGAGUGGUAGUUAAGUCCCAGUGACUGCAGCUUUUUAUGCUGUGUGGGAGGUGUUUGGGGUUUAUCUGCUUCCGUUUGCUUGUUUUCGUGAUGUUGGGUAUAAAUAAAAUACAGUUCUGAAAGUA